CUUUGCCAGCAGCAGCAGUCACACGGACUCGAGCCACAUCUCUCAGCCGUGGAGAUUCUCGUUCAGUCGCUUUGUGUAUUUACAGCCACGGCUGCGAAAAACGACUAGACAGAAUGGUCACGAACUGCUCUUCUCGAAUUACAGCCUUUUGUUGAUGAGAGUGCGGAAACGCGAGUAAAACAGACAGAAUUGAAAGGAAAACAGUCGAGGAGCGCGAGAAGGCCGAACCCAUCGAGGGAGCGCGAGAGCAGCCUAGUUUCUCACGCGCGGCGCUCAAGUGGAUUUGCGGCUCAAACCGACGAGGACGAAAACACGAGCGUAGCAAACCGUACUUGUGGAUUAUUCGCGGACAUUUCUUAAUUUCUUUCUUCUCAGAAACUACAUAAACGUCCGGUAACGAUAGACCUUCACCGUCCACGGAGAGGUCGGUGACUGCCAGGACUCAACGCCCCAUGAUGCACAGUGUUUGUGACAAGACCACACCCACUUUUAGUGUGUAGAGGAAGUUGCAUCGUCAGCAUGUCCUCGCACCCUCAGCCAGUGCCUCAGGGUAGGAGGGCUGUGGACGCGCGUCACCUUCCCAGUUCUGCCACCCUUCCUCAGCUGAGAGCCCAUACGGAUGUUGGUGGACUGGUGGACUACCAUCCUCACGCUCGGAACUAUGGUUCCCAUUUGCCCCAUGGAUCCCUGGCCCACCCUCACCGCCGCAGACCAUCCCUUCUGUCUGAAUUUCAACCAGGCAGUGAAAGAGGUCAAGAGCCCCACAUCCGAUAUGAACACAUUUACCUACAGGAUCCCAGCAGCCAAUCAGAAGGGGAGUACUCAGAGAUGAAGCGUCCUCGCUUGGAAAUCGGGACGGAUUCUCUUAUUCGUCACUCAACCCAUCGUCAAUCCCUUAAUGUGUGUGGAGCUGAGGAAAUGGAGCACAGCAGCAGCAGCAGUUCCAUUGGAAAGAUUGAGCCCAUUUCUCCUGUGAGCCCAGUGCCCAUGGAGCCCGACCUGGACAUGGUUCCCUCUCGCCUCUCCAAAGAGGAGCUAAUCCAGAACAUGGACCGCGUGGAUCGGGAGAUCACCAUGGUGGAGCAGCAGAUCUGUAAACUGCGUAAAAAACAGCAUCAGCUAGAGGAAGAAGCUGCGAAACCCCAGGAGCCAGAGCGCACCAUCUCACCUCCACCCAGUGAAGCCAAACACCGCAGCCUUGUCCAGAUCAUCUAUGAUGAAAACAGGAAAAAGGCAGAGGAGGCUCACCGGAUCCUGGAGGGACUCGGACCUCGAGUGGAGCUACCUUUAUACAACCAACCGUCUGAUACCAAGCAGUACCAUGAGAACAUCAAGAUAAAUCAGUCAAUGAGGAAGAAGCUCAUUCUGUAUUUCAAAAGAAGAAAUCAUGCUCGCAAACAGUGGGAACAGAAAUUCUGCCAGCGCUACGACCAGCUAAUGGAGGCCUGGGAGAAGAAAGUUGAGCGCAUCGAGAAUAACCCACGUCGCAGAGCCAAAGAGAGCAAAGUGCGGGAGUAUUACGAAAAGCAGUUUCCUGAGAUCCGCAAACAGAGAGAGCUGCAGGAGCGUAUGCAGAAUAGAGUGGCUCAGCGAGGUGGGGGUUUGGCCUCAGCAGCUCGCAGUGAACAUGAGGUUUCUGAGAUCAUCGACGGCAUCUCAGAGCAAGAGAACUCAGAGAAGCAGAUGCGUCAGUUAGCUGUGAUUCCUCCCAUGCUGUUUGAUGCCGAGCAGCAGAGAAUAAAGUUUAUCAACAUGAAUGGGCUGAUGGCCGAUCCCAUGAAGGUCUACAAAGAUAGACAGGUCAUGAACAUGUGGAGUGAACAGGAGAAGGACACUUUCCGUGAGAAGUUUAUCCAGCACCCAAAAAACUUUGCCCUGAUAGCCUCCUUUCUGGAGAGAAAGACGGUGGCUGAGUGUGUCCUGUUCUACUACCUGACUAAGAAGAAUGAGAACUACAAGAACAUUGUUCGCAGGAGCUACCGUCGCCGAGGCAGGAGCCAGAAUAACCAACAGACACAGCAACAGGUGAACCGCAACAGCCAGGAGGAGAAAGACGACAAGGAGAGAGAGAAAGAGGGAGACCGCGAGGAGGACAAAGCAGAGGGAGAUGAGAAAGAGGAUGGCAUGAAAUUCUGUGCUCUUGAAACCCAUCAUAAAAACAAGAAUAUACUCGAAUUGAGAGAUGACACCUCUGGUGAGGACGGGGAGGAGAAAGAGCCUCCUAUAACCGCUAAAGGCCGGCGCACUGCAAACAGCCGAGGACACCGGAAAGGACGAGUCACUCGCUCUAUGACCAAUGAGCAGGAAGAAAACACUUCACCGCUAAGCAGUGAGCUGGCAAACCUGGAGAUGAAUGAAAGUUCUCGUUGGACUGAAGAGGAGAUGGAGACAGCAAAGAAAGGGCUGCUCCAGUAUGGCAGAAAUUGGUCCGCAAUCGCCAAGAUGGUGGGCUCCAAAACAGUCUCCCAGUGCAAGAACUUCUACUUUAACUACAAGAAGAGACAGAAACUGGAUGAGAUUCUGCAACAGCAUAAAAUAAAAUCGGAGAAAGAGCGUAAGGCCAGACGCAAAGGUAAAGCUCUUCAGAACGAGGAGGCCAGCGCUCCAUCUGCUGAAGAGGAGAUGGAGGGAUCGGGAGUCAGCGGCAAUGAGGAGGAGGCUCAGGAGGAUGGAGAGGGUGGAGCUAAUAACAGCUCAGACACCGAGAGCCUCCCUUCCCCACGCUCCUCUGAUGACAGCAAGGUCAAAGAAGAGGGGUCGGCAUGGCCCAAAACUGCAACCAAUGCCACUUCCUCCUCAUCCUCCAUGGACAAGGACAUGGCAGCUAUGGAGACGGGGCCGGAAGAAAAGCCAAAAGUGGAGAAAGGAGAAGGAAAAAAAAAGCAGCCAAGAUGA